AUGGCGCCCAUCCGCGUGGGUUUGAUCGGCCUGUCCGGCGCCCCGGCCGACAAGUACGAGGGCACCAACUGGACUUCCCUGGGACAUCUGCCCUACCUGACCAAGACACCGCAUUAUGAGAUUGUCGCGCUGCUGAACAGCUCAGCGGAGAGUGCUCGCGCGGCGGUGCAGAAAUAUAAUCUCCCCGCUGAGACGAGGGCUUAUGGUGAUCCGGCUGAUCUGGCCAACGACCCGGACGUCGACUUGGUCGUCUGCAGCGUGCGUGCCGAUCGCCAUUUCCAGACCGUCAAGCCCAGUUUGAUCGCCGGCAAAACCGUGUACGUCGAGUGGCCGCUCGAUCGCAACGCCCAGGUCGCGCGGGAGAUGACGGCCCUAGCCGCGCAGCACAAGGCGAAGACGAUCGUAGGACUACAGAGUGGCAUGGCGCCAAUUCUACGCAAGGUGCGUGAGGUGCUGAAGAGCGGUGCGAUCGGGCAAGUGGUCUCCAGCUGGUCCGUGGGAUCCGCCGGCAACGAUCUCGACAAGGAGAGCCACAACGUGCGAUACUUCCUUGACCGCGAGGUGGGCGGCAGCAUGAUGAGCAUUCACGUCGGCCAUGGCAUCGAGACCGUGACUACGGUGCUGGGGGAGUUCAACUCCUUUGCCAGCUCGAUCGCCAUCACCCGACCGACGUUGGACAUUGUAGACAUGCGUCCCGGGAAUGACGGGAAGGUGUUUGAAAAGAGCGCCGUCAACGCCGUGCCAGAUAAUAUCCUGAUGUACGGCACGGCCGGGGAGUCCAACGCCCCCGUGCAGCUCACCAUCCACGCGGGCAAGGAGUUCCCCGGUACGCCGCGCCUGGACUGGCGCAUUCAGGGCGAGAAGGGCUGGAUCCGAGUAACGUCGCCUUUCCUGUUCUUAAACGUGGGUCACCCCGAGACGAAGGUCCAGAUCUACCGCAACGAGACCGGCCAAACAGAGGAGAUCGUGGCGGACAGGGAUGAGUGGGAUACUCUGCCCACGAUGGCGCAGAAUAUCGCCCGGUUGUACGAGGCCUACCGCAAGGAUGAGUGGCAUCCCACCUUUGAAUGGGCGCUUAAACGACACGAGGCGAUCGAGGGCAUGUGGAAGAGAUUUGACGCGGCGAAAAAGUAG